AUGGAUAUGGUUAGAAGAUGGAUAUUGGAGGAUGAAGAUGAUGAUGAUGAACUUGGUUUUUUUUAUUUGCUUACUGCUGAGAGAUUGAGUCAUAGAACAGAUCGAGGAGCCGGAUGGCGUCAUGUUCAAAAGCUUAUGCAUGGAUCAGAUCAGCAAUGUUAUGAUAUUCUUCGAAUGAAGCAGAGACCAUUUAAAGAAUUGUGCAAGAUGCUAUCUAGGCGAUAUGGAUUAAGGGAGUCUGAAAAUGUUUACGUUGAGGAAUCUGUUGCCAUGUUUCUUGAGGUGGUCGGUCAAGAUAUGACUAUGCGGGUUAUAGCUGAAAGAUAUCAACGGUCAUUGGAUACAGUGAAAAGGAAACUUGAUGAUGUGUUGAGUGUUCUUCUCAAGUUUGCCGCAGAUACACUAAAACCAGAAGAAGGUGAGUUUACAAGAGUACACCCCGUUUUGACGAAAGGAAACCGAUAUCGACCAUUUAAAAACUGUAUUGGAGCACUUGAUGGAACUCAUAUCCCGGUUCGCCCUCCUAGUCGAAAUGCAGAGGCAUAUAGAGGUAGAAAUGCAGAGGCAGAGGCAUAA